UCAACAGACUUCCAUUUUUUACCUCCCUGCGGCCUGACGUCAUACACACUUUGACACUACGAAUACUCACACAGUACAUUACGUUCCCCUUCGCAAGAAUUUUUUUUUGCGACACUGAAUUACCAAAACAAUGCCUCUAGGUGUGUUCUUCUUACAGUGCAGCAACCAUGACAUAAACUAAAAAAAAAUCAUCUUAACUCUUGUACUGUAUUCUGCAUUGUAUCUUACAAUACUAACAGCAGUGUAUUUUCUUUUACUUUAAGACUAAUAAACCUUUUAUUUCACACCUUGGAACUUAUGACAUGUGUGACUUUGCCUCAAACUGUAUGUCUAGUCUCUGUAUCUAGCUGGAAGUUUGACUUGUGUCCCAGACCGUGUGUGAUACAACUGUGACUGUGCUUGACCUUCAUCCGUGUUAGUCUCUCGAGUGGCCUCUGUGUCUUUGGGGUCGCAUCACUCUUGGUGUCGUUUGUUUCCAUGUCUGUAUAUGUGGAAAUGUCCUGUACGUGGAAACUCACUCUCGCCUGUCUUCAGCAGAUUCUUCCUGUUCCUCCCGUAGACUCUCCCAUCCGGCGUGUGAACUAUGAAGGAUCUUGGUUGCUGAUAUCUGUUCACAAGCACAGCUGGUUGCCAAGUGUCUCCUCUCUGUAUUCUGACAUUUUCACCUGUAUGCAGAUCUGGCAACUGUCUUGUAUGUCUGUCAUAGUAGCUCUUUUUUGCUUGUACUUUUGCUUGUCAUGUACUUGAGCAUUACCUUCAGGAGUCAGUAGAGUUGUGGAUGUUGGCAGUUUGGACUUCAGACGACGUCCCAUCAACAGCUGCACAGGAGAGAAUCCCACACCCUCAAUCGGUGUGUUGCGGUAUUCAAGCAGAGCAAUGUAAGGGUCACCGUUACUGCUAUAUGCCUUCUUGAGCAUGUUCUUGACAGUUUGUACAGUUCUCUCUGCUUGUCCAUUAGACUGAGCGUGCCCUGGACUGGAAGUAACAUGUUGAAAUUCCCAGCUUUCUGAGAACCCUCUGAACUCACCACUGGCAUAUUGUGGACCAUUGUCACUAACGACAAUAUCUGGAAUCCCAUGUCUUGCGAAUGUCGACUUCAUUGGGGUAAUGACACCUCAACUGGACGUGUCAUUUAACUUGGUGAUCUCUGGAUAUUUUGAAUAAUAGUCCACACAAAGCAGAUAUUCUGCACCAUUGCAGUGAAAGAGAUCUGUGCCAAUCUUCUCCCAUGGUCUUCCUGUUAGUGGUUGGGGAAGCAGAGGCUGACUUGGACUGCUGUUUUUGUUUUUAUUACAGACAGCACACUGAGACACAAUGUUCUCUAUCUGAGUUGACAUACCUGGCCAAUAGAGAAUGUCCCUUGCUCUUUCUUUACAUUUCACUAUCCCCAGGUGUGACUCAUGAAUCCUGUUGAGCAUUUCCUGUCUCAUUUGGUUUGGUACGAUGAGUUUUGCCGUUUUGAACAUUAGACCUGAUGCAUAGCUGAUUUCCUCUUUAAAUGCCCAGUAUUUCUGCAUUUCCUUUGGAACAUCUUUUCUUUCUGUUGGCCAUCCAUUCAUUGUAAUGUCUCUUAGUAUUUGCAUUUCAGGAUCAUCUGCAGUCGCUUUCCUGAACAUGUUCAACUUCUCCUCAGAGAUGGGUAGCUGAGGUGUAACCCAGUUGACCUCCAGCUCUCUUCCUAGCAACUCUUCCUUUUGCUCUUUAAGGUAAGCACAGCUCAAAGCAUCAACAAUGUGCAGUUCUUUUCCUGGCUUAUAGGUGAUUGUGAGAGUGUACCUCUGUAGCCUGAGAAGCAUCCUUUGCAGCCUCAUAGGAGCUUGGUGGAGUGGCUUUAUGAAGAUGCUCUCAAGUGGUUUGUGAUCACUCUCAACCUGGAUUUCUUUGCCAUAUACAUAUUGGUGGAACUUCGCACACCCAUAAACUAUGGCGAGUAAUUCCUUCUUGAUUUAAGCAUAUCGGCGUUGGCAAUCCGUAAGUGCUUGUGAUCCAUACGCCACAGGCCUCCCAUCCUGCAGUAUAACAGCUCCUAUUCCCUCCGAACUGGCAUCCACAGACAUCGUCACCAGUUUAUUGACAUCACAGAACUUGAGUGCUGGUGCAUUGGUGACCAACUCCUUCAAUGUGUCACAGCUUUUCUUUUGUUUGUCUUCCCAAUGUUGCUCUCUAGUAGCUUUCGGAGUGGAGCGCUGACCUCUGAUAAGUUGGGAAUGAAUUUGGCAAGAUACUAUAUCAUGCCAAUGAACCUCAAUAGUUCUUGCUUGUCUUCGGGUGGUGGUAGCUGUACCACAGCUCUGAACUUUUCAUCAUCUGGUUUCAGCCCAUCAGCGCUGAGUACAUGACCUAUGUAUUUGAUCUCUGUAGUUCUGAUCUUGCAUUUACUUUUGUUCAGUUUUAGGUUGUACUCACGUGCUCGCUCCAGGAGCUUCAUCAGUCUCUGAUCAUGUUCCUCAAUUGUGUCACCCCAUAUCAGCAAAUCAUCAGUGAUGUUGACCAUCCCAUCCAGGCCUUCAAUCAUUUGUGCCACUGACCUCUGGAAUACCUCUGAUGCAGAAGAAAUCCCAAAGGGUAGACGCAGGAAACGAUAUCUCCCUAUGGGCGUGUUGAAAGUGCACAAUUUGGAACUUUCCUCAUCCAGCUUGAUCUGCCAGAAACCUUGAUUUGCAUCUAAUACUGAAAAGUAUUUCGCAUUAGUCAUGUGGGAGACAACCUCUUCAACCGUGAGCAGCGGAUAGUGCUCUCUUUUGAUGGCUUGGUUGAGAUCUUGUGGAUCCAUGCAAAUCCUUGUCUUUUUUUCUGUGACCCCUGUCACCAUACUAUUCACCCAGUCGGUCGGUUCUAUUUGUCUUGUUAUGACUCCCAUCUGUUCCGUUCGGUGUAGCUCCUCCACUACUUGAUCACUGAGAUCUACUGGACUCUUUCUUUGGGCAUGCAUGACUGGUGCAAUAGUUGGAUCAAUCUGGAUAUGGUGUUUCCCAGGUAAACAUCCUAAUCCAGAAAACAAGUCAUCAAAGUCUUUGAGAAUGUCAUUUUCUUUUUCAACAGCAUAGAUCCGCUUCACCAGGCCUAGCUUUGCGCAUGUUGCUUUGCCCAGUAUUACUGAAACAUGUUGCUGCACUAUUUCAAACUCGAUCUUGUGUUUUUGUCCUUUGAAUACACAGGUGAGUGUUUUUUUUGCCCAAUGGCACCAUCUUGUGGCCAAAACAUGCAACAAGCUUGCAGGUGGAUUUUUCCAGUCUUCCUCUGAUGUCCAGUGAGUUGAAUGUUUCUGCUGACAUUACAUUGCACUUUGCCCCAGUGUCAAGCUUAAAUGUUACAUUCCUCCUGUUUAUUAUCAGAUCUUGAGUCUAAUCAUCUUCAUCCUCCGUCUCUGCAUUGUCAAUAUUCUUGAUGCAUACCUCCUGUUCCACUUCAACUGUGCCAAUGAACAUGUCACUGUUGCCCUCACUCUGUUCCACAGCAUGCAUUUUCCUUGCGUGCUCCUUCAAUCUGCACAUCUUUGCAAAGUGAUUUCUUUUCUGGCAUAACUUGCAUGUCUGACCAAAGCCUGACAUUUUCUGUAUUCAUGUUUAUAACCACAUCUGUUGCAAUUAACUUGCUUUUGAUCAUCCUGUGGAGCUGGCUUUGUCCUACUCUUGUUAGUUUUCACACUUUUUAUUUUGUGCACUUCAAUCUCUUCAUUGAGCACUUUAACCUCGCUGAUCUCGCUGACACGGCAAACAUCAAUUGCCUUUUCUAAUGUAAGAUCCACCUCUCUCAAUAGCCUGCCCCUCACUUGAUCAUCUCGUAUGCCGCAUACAAUCCUGUCACGUAUUAAAGAGUCAUGCAGUUGACCGAACUCACAGUCUUUUGCCUUGUUCUUCAAAUCUGUUACAUAGGCGUCUAUAGUCUCUAUUGGUCCUUGAUCCCUCGUAAAAAACUUGUGUCGGAUGUACGGUAGGUUUUUUCUCGGUUCGCAGUAACCUUGAAACUUUUUCUUCAACACUUCAAUUUUAUCUUGCUCAUCAUCUUGGAAGGCAAACUUGUUGCAAACCUUUAUUGCCUCUUCCCCCGCCACAUGCAGAAACGUAGCACAUUGCACUUUCUCCGUCUUUACUACUACGCCGCUAGUGGUGCAAAACAGCUCAAACUUCUGGAUCCGUAUUUUCCAGUUCUCAGCAAGAUUACCUUGUAGGCUAAAACUUGACGGUGGCUGUAACUGUGACAUCUUUUACGUGUCUUCUCCUUUUUUCUUCGCGAUUUCUUCUGACACCAUGUAAUAUUGAUGUGACUCUGCCACCGCUGUAGAUUAGACAACCACGUUUAUUCCACAGACUUCCAUUUUUAACUCUACGUCCUGACGUCGUACACACUUUGACGCUACGAAUACUCACACAAUACAUUACAGUCACUUACUUGACAAGCUUACUGUGUUUCCCUCUGCACAGAUGCUACUCUAACCUUACAAGUAUUUAUAACAUCUUCGCUUUUUAUUUUAAAUUAUCUCAGAUGUCGGCCAAUUCCAUCUGGAAAUCAACCAUACUAUUGGUUGAAGUUACGCUUCAAUGUGGGCAUCAAUCACAAACACAGUUCAUGGGUGAGCGACAGCAAAAGUGGACCAAUGGCGUCGCGAAUCCAUCCCAACUCUUAUGUCGUCUUGCGGAAGCACGAGAAAAGGCGGGACUUCCGAUAUAAGUUCCGGCGCUGCUAUGGAGCAAGAGGAGAAAGCGAGAACGGUGCCUGUGGAUGACAUUAGCAAGCUGCGUAUCACCAAUGUGUGGACCGUCCUAUUGUCAAUUCAGUGGUCAGAGCCGUGGCUGAUUGGGCUGAUAACUUUUCACGUUCUCUGCUUCAUCCUAACUCUGACAACAAUCAGAUUCUACAGACUACAGAUUGCCCAUUUCCUUUUUAUGAUUGUGUUAGUGUACUGCGCAGAAUACAUCAAUGAAAUGGCUGCAAUGAACUGGAGAUUAUUUUCUAUGUAUCAGUACUUUGACUCCAAUGGGAUGUUUAUUUCUCUCGUCUUUUCAACUCCACUUCUGCUGAAUACAAUGAUCAUUGUGAUCAUGUGGGUAUAUAGAACAUUGGCAGGAAUGACAGAACUGAAGUCACUGCAGCAGAAGAGGAAAGCAGACAGAGAACAGGGCAAGAAAACCUCAUAAGACUGCUUAUAUAGUUUUGAGUUUCUUUAAGCCUCUCUGAUUCACCUGGAGCUUUCCCAUUUUCUGUUGGACAAAGUCAGUCUGAAUACAGGUUCAAAUUUAUUAUCGUGGGUGUUGAUGUCAUGAUAUUUUUUUACCAGCAGUGCAGUACAUUGGGAAGAUGUUACAUCAUAAGAAAUAGAAGCAGAUGUGGGUCAUUGAGCCUCUCGUACUUGCUCUUAUCAUUCCAUAAGGUCAUGAUUGGUCUUGCAAUCAAGAAGUAGCAUAAUUAUAAGUUGUUGACUGCACACAUGCUGACUUUAAUACUACAUUUGGUCAAUGAAUGAAUGACAUUAUGAACUUUUCACUAGUGGUGUAUGGGCACUGGAUAUGUGUCAUUAAAUAUUUAGUGGCAUGGCUGAUUCUGUUAGUUAUCCAAUUAAAGCUGAACUUUUGUCUUAUCACUGAGGGAUUUGGAGCAGUUUACAUUUUGAGACUGCUAGAGGAGUUCCUUAGUACUUAAAACACUUUGUGUAGUCAAUGUACAGUGGAAACUAAAUAACUUUUGCCCCAACCCGUUGAGAAGAGUGCUUGGUUGUUAGUAUGAGUUCUGACAUAACACAGUUAAGUGCAAAUCCUGGGCUCCUUUUUAAAAUUUUUAAUCUUCUGUACAUUUUGUUUAAUUGAAACUGGCAUUUUUAUUAAAUCACAUUCUUGUAACUUUUGAACAGUGUCUUGUGUUGAAUCAAGAUUGUGCUCCUAAUCCUGUCUGUUAUCAGUGGACUUGCAGUACAUAGGAACUAAGGUUAUAAACAAAGGCGAUGGACCUGUCUUAAUUAAAGAUUAAAGAGAACGUUGGAACUAUUUUUACAGCCACUACUUUAGGAUCAGGCUAAGUCAAGGUCAUGAAGUUCCUGAAAAUAAAAUAAGCAAAGGAAGAAUUAAUAUUUUCAGCCUUGGGCCUGUUUUCUGAGUAUAGUGGAUGAUCUGUAUUCACUGGAUAUUUGGAGCCAUCUUUUGGAAUAGGAACAAAGUGGGAUGAAAUGGAGAUGAUGCAAGAGUUUUCCCAGAGAGAGUGAUUUGUGCGUGGUCUCCCCAUUUGUGCCCUUUUGUUCUAAAGGCUUCACUGAAUGAGCAAAAUUGAAAAGGUUAUCAAUGAGGGAGGAAAAAGUAGCAUGAUGCAGCUAUUAGCUUGGGACCAUUGAGCAGAUAAAACCAGGAGCAAAAUCUAUAGGUUGUUGGAGUAAUCAAGUGGGAGAUACCAAUCUAUCUGAAGAUACCCUGGUAUGAACAUAUUGGUGUCUAGGGCAGUUUCGCUAGGGACAUUUUGUGUAGUUUUUCAUUUCUACCUAGGGAGAAAGACAAGACUUACUGGAAUCUAGAACAAAAAGAAGAACUGAAACAGAAAGACAAAAACAGAAUGGUGGAAGAACUCAGUGGAUCAAGCAGUAUCCGAGGAGGCAAAAUAGUGCAUUUUAAACCAUUGCUUAUACAACAAAAUGUACUAAAUCUUGCUUUAAAUAAAGUACUAUCACUAAA